GGACGGGGUCUGAGGCCUGGGGAGCCUGCAGGACUCCCAGGGAGAGGAGCCUGUCCCCACGUCCUGCCGCAAGGCUCUGACUCCGGGAUGCUUGUGUAUGACAGGCCCUGGCUUUGCCCCCGGAGGAGUUGAAAAGUCACUUCUGUAGGUGCUUGUCCCUUCUCCGGCAGCACAGACUCCAGUGCUAGACAUCUUUCCACAUUGUGGAUCUGGCUCUGGCUGACUUCAGGAUUUUCACCUCUGGCUUUCAAGUUUUCCCUUUAAAGCCGCUGGGACGGAUGAAAGAUGUGCCAUGGCAGGAUCGCACCCAAGAGCACGUCGGCCUCCGCCUCCGCCUCUGCGGGGCCUGCAGUCUUCCUCCCGCUGGUGAUCCUUAGCACCCUGCUUGGAGACGGGCUUGCCUCAGUGUGCCCCCGGCCCCCAGAGCCAGAGAAUGGUGGCUACAUCUGUCACCCCCGGCCCUGCAGAGACCCCCUGGAGUCGGGCAGUGUCAUUGAGUACCUGUGUGCCGAAGGCUACAUGUUGAAGGGCGAUUACAAGUACCUGACGUGUAAAAACGGCGAGUGGAGACCUGCCAUGGAGAUCAGCUGCCGUCUCAACGAGGACAAAGAUACCCACGGGUCACUUGGGGCCCCCACACUGUCCAUAGUGGCCUCCACGGCCAGCUCCGUGGCGCUCAUUCUCCUCCUGGUGGUGCUGUUUGUGCUGCUGCAGCCAAAGCUGAAGUCUUUCCAUCACAGCAGGCGUGACCAGGGGGUGUCUGGGGACCAGGUGUCCAUUAUGGUGGAUGGCGUCCAGGUGGCACUGCCGUCGUAUGAAGAGGCCGUGUAUGGCAGCUCCGGUCACUGUGUGCCGCCCGCUGACCCCCGAGUGCAGAUCGUGCUGUCCGAGGGGGCAGGGCCGAGUGAGAGGAGCGUGCCCAGGGAGCAGCCGCUGCAGGACCCUGGGGCCUGCUCCUCUGCCGGCGGCGGAGAGGACGAGGCCCCGGGCCACUCGGGACUGUGUGAAGCCUGGGGCUCUCGGGGCUCUGAAACUGUGAUGGUACAUCAGGCGACCAGCUCCUCCUGGGUGGCCGGCUCAGGGUACAGCCGCCCGGGCCACAAAGAAGCCCCAGAUUCUGAGAACAGCGACAUACAAAGCCUUUUAUCCCUCACAUCGGAGGAGUACACAGAUGAUAUUCCGCUGUUGAAAGAAGCAUGAGGGCUGCUGCCAGCCACUCUCCGCCACGUCUGCCUGUCUCCCUCGCCCUGAGUCUGAGCACGCUGUGCUCCCGGCCACCUUGCUGGACACCUGAACUGCCACCUGUGUGUCUGUAUCGCUGGGGCCUCGGCCCUCCCAGCUGGAAACUCCAGGAAGAGCCUCACCGUCUGUCUGCUGGACAGCUGGAGGAGCUGGCCCUCUACCCGGCCCUGCCCUCCCAUCUGUGUCGGGGGCAGAUCUGGAUGUGCUGGAUUGAACCCGUCACGUCCCUGAGUCUCCUGGGUCCCCUGGUGGCAGCACCCCCCCCAGCUCACCUGGGCCUGAGUGCCGCUGUGUUUACUUGUGCCUUCCCCACCACCCGUGCAGUGUCCCUGUCACCAGGCUUGUUGGUGGCCACACUGCUGCCCCCGGCCAUGUGGGAGGCUGGGCCAGAGGCCGGCCCGUUUCCUCUGAGGAGAAGGACAGCACUGCUCUCCCGGUAGGAGCAGACCUGAGGCAGGAGUCUGGAACCCAGUGGGUCUGAUCGGGCAGUUGGUCAGGGCAAGCACUGUGGGCCCCUGGCAUGAUACUGUGCAGUAGCUCCUUGGCCCAGAACGGAGGGCUUGAAAAACCAGGGCAACCUCCUCCUAGUCCCCAGCGAUCCGGCUCCGAGGCCCAGGCUUCUGGUCCUGCCGGGCCGAGGGUUUGUGAGUAGUACCUAGAAGAUGCCAGGGGAGGGGCGGAAGGUGGCUGAUAAUGCUCGUCUUCCUAAUAUGCAAAGUCUUACUGCUACUUCCAGCAUCAACCUUCUUAGCCUUUUGUUUGUUUGUUUGUUUGAUUGGCCGGUCCCUUGGAGGGGAAGGGGAAGCUGCCCGCGCUCCGCCUUCUGGGCUUUCUCCCAGGCACUGCUGGCAGCCCAGCUCCUCACAGAGGCCAAGGCGUGCCAUCCCCAGGGGGCAGGGGGGAGAGUGGCUGAGAUGCCAGGGAAUGCCCUGGCCCCUAGCAGCUUGGGCAGGUUGCCCCUUCGUGGGUCCGUGGUGAGGGAGGGGAGCCUGAGAGGCACACAGCGUGUCUUGGGUGGCUGCUCGCAGCUCCACACCUGUCCUGAGGCUCAUCCUCACCACAGUCACGUGCCUUAGUAACUGUGCCCAGAAAGAGGCUGCCGCCUGCUGCACCGCUGCUUCUCCUGCUCCUGCCGCCCGGUCCUGCUCACCCACCCCAUGUCUCAGCUGAUGGGUGACUCCCUCCUGUGCUCUUCCCCCCCUCCCCCUCCCCGGUGGAGAACUGAGGACUGACCUCCCAGCAGCACUCCGCCCAACCUGGCUGGCCUGAGAUGGGUGAGUGGUUGUGAAGUGGCCUGAGCCCAACACUUGUCGACCAAGGUUUGGGGCACAGCCCCCUGGGAAGAGCCCCUCCCUUCACUCUGCGGGUGGGGGAGGAGCGUCCCCAGGCUGCUCUGCCCUGGAGUGAUGAUUUUCCCUUUGGUGUUUCCCCAAACAUCAGGGCCUAAAACAUAGAAACUGACCCAGUGCUGCACCUCAUUCCACCCCCACCCCCCAAGAGCCUCCUGUGUUUGGGAUGGCAAAAAUCAUGAAAACUCCCAGGAUAAAGUCAACAUCUGACCUGCCAGGGUUCGCCCCAGGCAUGGGUGGCCUUGAACAUGGGGGCUGGCCCUCUGUCAGCCAGCCUCUUACCUGCCUCCACACUCAUACAUGCACUUUAGGACCCCCGUGCAGUCUUCCUCCCUCAGGGUGAGGGCAGCGCCUGCCGCCCUGCUGCCCCCUUCCACACACCAGGCUGCACUCUAAGCCCAGGCUGGAGAAGGUGCUAGAAUGCAGCAGCCCGGCCAGGGGAGAUGGGACCCACUGGUGGGAGAGACCAUUGCCAGGGGUGUACCUGCCAGCAGGUGCUGGCGCUGGGCCCGUCUGAAAGAUGGGGUCCCCCACAGCCCGCUGCCCCGCCACUCACUGCUCUGUGCUCACAGGGCCCGUCUUCCCCAAACAGCAGGACCGACGCAGGGAUGAGGGAGAGCCUCUUGAGUCUUGUGGCUGAGCCGUCAGCCUUUAUUCUCCAAACUUUCACAACCCCCACCCAAGAUAGACAUUUUUCAAAAUGGAAAAUCUUACCCCUUUCCAUCCUGCUACUCUGGAGACACCCCCCCAUCUGCUCCCCCAUGUAAAAGGUUGCACUUUCCUUUGGGGUUCAUUCUGCCUGCCUGCUCUGGACACUGGCCUCCCACUUCACGUCUGCUCCCGCCGUCCUGGGGGCCGCCGUGGGGAGGACAAGCCCAGGCUUGCCUAUCUGGUGGGAAAGAGAACAAGCAGACCCUAGGCGGGCGGGUGGGGACGGGGGUGUCCUUCCUUUCAUGCUGGCUUUGAUGAGCCCCACCUCAGCGAGGAGUCCCAUGCCUGUGGCAGCCGGAGCUGAGACCCCCGUUGCUGUUGACGUCUCAGACAGUUUCCCCAAAUAGCUUGUUUGCCAUGUGCUGCGACUGGUGGCUUCUGGGCUUGGGCCCCCCACGGGGGCAUGAGGGGUUCAGCGACCGCUUUGUGGUGUGUGUGGACAGGGACAAAGGCAGGUGAUGGGCGUCUUGGGAUGGAGGCCACCCAGAUCCCGGGCGGGCAAGGUAGGACAAGCACUGGCCACAGCCCAGCUUCCCCAGGCAGGCCGGGGUGGGUAACCUGCAGAAGCCCUGGUCCAGGGAACGUGGUCAGCACCAAAGGACCUCCCGAGAGCUGUUUUGCACACUUGCGGUGACUCUGCAGAUUUUAUAGCCUGGUGGCCUAUGGCCACCUUUAGAUACUUUCAAGGACCAGUAUCCGUACCCCCAAUGCCUUAGCGUAGCAGGUUGGCCCUACCUCCCUGUGCCUGUGCUCUGUGUGCUACGCUCCCAUCUUCGACGUCCCUGGGAGAUGGUGGCGUCCUGGCCACCGUGAGUUUUAUAAGACAUUUCAAUGUACACUGUACAAGCACUCCAGCUCGCCACCAAACCUACACUAACCAUGUCUUCCCGUUCAUCAAUCAUGCCCCCUCUCCCCCCAUCCCCCAGCUUUAAGGUCCCGUGGGGACACCACCGGGUGGCAAGACAAAGGUAUACUCUUCCUGCUUCGUGAGUGGUAGUACCGGCUCCACAGCACCCGCCUUGUCUUCCGCUCCACUCCCUGCUGAGCGCUGAUAACACUUCCAACAUAGCCGUGCCACCUCCAUUCCUGGGACACAUCCUCACAUAGAGAAUGGAAUAUGCUACAGACAGUUCUACACCCUCCUCCCACCCCAACUGCCCCAAAAGGAAAGAAAGGGUCCAGAAAGUGACCGGCAGACCCUCCACACUGCUUAGUUCCAGAUGUGCUUGCCAAGGACAGUGAGGCUAGGAGCAGCGGGGCCUGCUGGGUCUCCGGGCUCGGGGCAAAGGGACCGUGUUCCCAGAGCCCCAGUGAGGGGCUUGGAGUCUGUUUUCCGGGGCAGGUGCUGGGGCAGAGUGAUUCAGUAGCUGGUUCCCCAGAGAGGGAGAGGCAGCAGGCCCAGCUUUGCUGGGAAGCACCGCCUCUGAAUUUCCCGUUGGAGACCGAGUGGAAUGUUGAACAAAAGUCCCAUGGUGGACGCGGAGCAGGGGGAUGAGGUGAGCGGGCCACCACCCCUGCCCUGGUUUCUCUCCAUAGCACCACUGUGGCCCCCUUUGCAGAAUGGUACUCCUAGCUCAUGGUUUAAAAGAACACAUGCAUAAUUGACUGUGCGGGAUGUAACUCAGAUCCGUUUGAGUGUGCUUUAUUUUAUUUUAUAUAUUUUCUGGUAUCCUGUACAUUGCAGUGGGUGUGAAGAUAGUAUUUUAAUAUUUGUACAAAGUUUAAUUUAAUUUUAAUUGUUCUAUGUAUAUAACUGCAUUUCUAAAUAAUUAAAAAAAAGUUCUUAAGAA